AUGGAAUCUCCCAGGGGCGACUGGGACUCCUUGGACCCUCUCAUGGAAGGCGCCAGCCCCUGGGACACUCCAGGGGCCGCAACUUCCCAGAGGCGAAGGGGGCACCUGGGACCUUUCCACGUGCGGCAGGGACCCUCCCAGGGGAGGCGGAAGCCCCUGGGACACUCCAAGAGGCAGCAAGGCCUCCUGGGAACUUCCGAGAGGCAGCGUGGGACCAGCGACCUUCCCAGGUGCGGCAGGGACUCGUGGGAUCCUCCCAAGGUCGGCGGAGCCCCUGCAACCCUCCCAGGUGCGGCUGGGGACCCCAGGGACCCUCACAGGGGUUGCAGGGUCCCUUGGGACCCACCCAGGUGCAGUGAGGACCCUCUAGGGGCACCGACGGCCCUAGGAGCCUUCUCAGAGGCGACGGGGGCCCCUGUGACCCUUCCGGAGUUGACCGUAUUCCUCGUGACCCUCACAGGGGCAGCGGGAACUCUUCCAGGGGUGGUUGGGGCCGCUGGGACCCUCCAAGAGGCAGCGGAGGCCCCUGAAACCCUCCCAUUUGCGGCUGGGACCCUCCCACACGCAGUGGCAGCCCCUGGGACCGUUCCAUGUGCGGCAUUGGCCCUUGGGACACUUUCAGGGACGGCAGGUGCACAGGGGCGGCGACUGGGGCUCUAUGGACCCUCUCAUGGGCUGCGCGGGCCCCUGGGACACUCCUACCCGGGGGGAGUCUCAGGAGCCCCCGCCGCUCCUGGGAGGGUCUCAGGAGCCCCUGUCGCCUCUAUAAGCGUCCCAGGGGCCCUUGCUGCUUCAAGGUGCCGUGCUGUUCCUGGGAGAGCUACUGAGGGUGCCGCAAUCCCUGGGACAGCCCUUGGGAGCGCCACCGCCCCAAUCAAGGCCCCUGGUGGUGCCACCAUUUCUGGGAGGGCGUCUGAGGGCGCUGCCGUCCCUGGGAAGGCCUCUGGGGGCGUUGCCAUCCCUGGAAGGGCCCAUGGGUCGGCGCCAGCGCCCCUGGCAAGGCCUCUGAGGGUGCUACCAUCUAUGGCAAGGCCUUUAGGGGCGCCACCGCCCCUUGCAGGGCCCCUGAGGGCACCGACGUCCCUGGAAGGGAGAGCUUCUGGAAGCGCCACCGUCCCUGGCAGUGCCAUUGGGAGGAUCGCUGGCCCUGGGAGGGUCCCCGUGAGCGCCGCUGUCCCUGAGAGAGCCACUGGGGGCGACGGCGCCCCUGGCAGAGCCCCUGCCUAUGCCAGCACCUCUAGCAGUGCCCCUGGGGGCGCCAACGUCUCUGGCAGGGCCCAUGGAAGCGCUGCCAUCCUUGGGAGAGCCCCGUGGGGGCUCCACCGCCCCUGGCAGGGCCCCAAGGGCGCCACCGCUCCUGCCUUGCGCCCUGGGAGCGCCGCCAUCUUUGGGAAGGCCCAUGGGGGCGCCGCUGUUCCUGAGAGCGCCACCGCCUCUAUCAAUGCCCCUGGGGGCGCCGUCGUUUCUGGGGGGCCCCCAAGGGUGCUGCCGUUCCUUGGUGGGCCCCUGGGGGCGACAUUGUCCCAGGGAGAGCCCCUGGGGGCGCCAGCGCCCCUAAUAUGCCACCGUCCCUUGCAAGGCUCCUGGAGGUGCCGACGUCCCUGGGAGGACCUCUGGGGCGCCGCUGUUCCUGGGGGCGCCACCGUCCCUGGGAGGGCCUCUGGGGCGCCGCUGUUCCUGGGGACGCCACCGUCCCUGGGAGGGCCCCUGAGAGUGCUCCCAUCCCUGGAAGGGCCUCUGGUUGCACGCAACCCCUGGAAUCUCCGCUCUCCCUGGCAUGACCCCUGGGGACACGCCGUCCCUGGGAGGGCUCCUAGGGCGCCGCUGUCACUGGGAGAGAACCUGCGGGCGCCGCCAUCUCUGGGAGUGCCCCUGAGAGCACCAAAUUUCCUGGGAGAGUCCCUAGGUGUGCCACCGUUCCUGGCACGGCAUCUGGAAGCGCUCCCAUACCUGGGAAGGCACCUGGUUGCAUCCCUGGGGUCGGCACCGCCACUGGGAGGGUCCCUGGGAGCUUCCCUGGGGAUGCCAUUGUCCCUGCGAGGGCCCCUGGGAGCAAGCACCGUCCCUAGGACAGUCUCUGGGAGUGCCACCCUCCCUGGCAGUGUCACUGGGAGGAUCGCUGGCUCUGGGAAGGCCCUCGUGAUCGCUGUUGUCCCUGAGAGAGCCCCUGGGGGCGACGGCACCUCUGGCAGGGCCCCUGCCUAUGCCAACACCUCUAGCAGUGCCCCUAGGAUUGCCAUCGCCUCUGGCAGGGCCCAUCGAGGCGCUGUCAUCCCUGGGAGGGCCGCUGGGGGCUCCACUGCGCCUGGCAGGGCCCCUGGGGGCGCCACCGCUCCUGCCAGGCCCCCUGGGAAUCCCGCCAUCUUUGGGAAGGCCCAUGGGGGCGCCACUGUUCCUGGGAGUGCCACCGCCUCUGACAAGUCCCCUGGGGGCGUCGCCGCAUCUGGGAAGGCCCCUGAGGGUGCUGCCGUUUCUGGGAGCGCUCCUUAG